AUGGAGGUCUCCAGCAGCAUGCCACAGCCUGAUCAGAACGGCGCUCACUCAAAUGUCAACGCCAUGGAUGCGUCUAUGGACAUCGAUAUGGAUAUUGAUCUUGGGCCGCUUCCAGAACCAGAGCUCAUUGAGACUGAGCCAGCAAUUGCAACGACUACAGCGGAUGGCGCGACUGAUCCAUCGACGGCAGAAACACAGCCGGAGAAAGUCCAUAUACGAGGCGUUGACGAUUUAACUACCGAUAACAUCAAGCAAUUUGCGAUUGACAACUUCCCUCUUGAGACCCCUACGCGCAUCGAAUGGAUCGAUGACACAUCCGCCAAUAUUAUUUAUUCAUCGCCGGAGAUUGGCUUACAAGCUCUGGCGGCCUUGACUCAACCGAGCGAGGAGGAGGAUACAUCUGCGCUUCCGGCUUUGCGUCUGCGGACUGCCAAGGCUUUGUCCACUCACCCCGAAUCUGUACUUCAGGUACGAUUGGCAGUGAAGUCAGAUCGCAAGAAGCCUCGCGCGUAUGAAGCCAGUCGGUUCUACCUCAUGCAUCCCGAGCACGAUCCUCGGGAGAAGCUACGCCUAGAACUCGCGGAUCGACGGCGUCAAGGCGGCGGGGAUUCCAGUGACGGCGACUACAGACGAAGACGGUUCGACGGCCACGAACUUCGCCGUCGAAGGGAUCGUGACGCGGACGAAAAUUUCGGCGCUAAUAUGUACGACGACGAAGGGCCAACUGCUACCACCAGUUAUUCCGACGCGGAUAAGCCUCGUGGGGAGCGGAGACGGAGAGGACAGCGGGAGCUCUUUCCUGAAGAAGGAUCAUCCGGGCGGCUUCGGAACCGAAGUGCUUCUCCAGGUCGCGACACGCUGGCUGAAAGCGGACAGUUGGACAACGAGGAACGCGAUAAUCGAAGACGGUUCAGGGAAAGAUCGCCGAAACUUAACCGUCGCAACAAAUCCAUCGAGCUCUUCCCCUCUCACGCAGACAAGGGCGAUUCCAGUACCCGUGAGCUGUUUCCCAAUAGACCGACGUCGAGUUACAUCAAGAAGGAACUCUUCCCCAGCAAAGUCAGCAAUCAUCGCCGGUCCGAUGCGAUUGACGCCGCCGACGAAACGGCCGAUCUCUUCUCGCAGAGAAUCUCUGUGCCUCUGGUGGACGGGGCUCGCGAUCAGAGCUCGUCGCAUCGCAACACGAACGUCGAAUUAUUCCCUGAAUCAAGGGGUCGAUCCGGGGUCAGUAUUCGUGGGGCUGCUGGUCAGGAUCAAGGUAUUUCAAUUCGCGGUUCGGCCAACGGCCUGUCAAUCAAGGGCCGCGGCGCAUCGGUUCGAGAACUCUUCCCCUCCAAGUUCAAUAACAAUGCUGGCAAGGAGCUGUUCUCAGACAAGAUUGAGGGGCGAGGAGGUCCCCGGCGGAGGGCAGAGGACAUGUUUAGUUGA